AUGGAGCUCCACUUCGCGGCAGCUGCCCUGCGUGCGAUGGUGGUCAACGUCAACCCAAGCCUCAAGGCGGACGAGAUCGCGUACAUCUUGACGGAGGCGACGCCCAGCGUCGUCGUCGCGGAAAGGAGCGCCGCGGAGAGGCUCAGAGAGGCGUGCGAGACCGCUGGCCAGGCGUGCACCGUCUCCAUGGUGCUGUGGUGCGACCCCGACGGCGCGAACAUCGUGCCUCGCAGCGAUCCCGAGCGCGGUUUCGCCCACGGCAUCCACCACGCCUGUUUCGAGGACAUCGUGGCGUCGGAGACACCUGACGUUGCUCAGGCGGCCGACCUGCUCGCGAGUGUCCGCGCGUCGCUGUCGACGUCGCCUGGCGGCGCGGGCGAGGACGGGCUGCACGUGUACUUCACGUCGGGGACGACUGGCCGCCCGAAGCAGGUGGUGCUGUCCCAGAGGAUCGUCGCACAGCAUGCCCUUGGCGCCAUGCAAGCGAUGCGGCUCAACGCGAGCGACGUCUGGGGCCAUAUUGCGCCGCUGUUUCACUUGGUGGACGUGUUCGCGGUUUACGCGGUCACCCUCGUCGGCGGACGGCACGUCAUCCUCCGGAGCUUCGAUGCCGGCCGCGCAUUCGCGAUGCUCGAGCGAGAGCGCGUCUCGUGCGCGAACAUCGCGUCGACGAUGCUGGCCCUCAUGGUGCGCAGCCCGGCGUGCCGCGCCUGGGACCUGUCGGCGCUGCGCGUCCUCUCCUGCGGCGGAUCCGCGCAGUCUCCGGACGUGUUGCGCCGCGCGCUGGCCGUCUUCGGCUGCGAGAUAUUCCAGUCGUACGGGAUGACCGAGUGCUGCGGCAAGAUCUCGAUGUCCAUUCUCCCCCAGUGGGCGGAGAGCGGCAUCCCGCCCGGCAUCUCCGACCUGGACGAAAUCGGGAGCUGCGGGCGGCCGUUCAGCCUCACUGACGUCCGCGUGAUCGACCCCGCGACGCGCACCGACGUCGAGCCGAACGGCUGCGCGGUCGGCGAGGUGCACAUUCGGGGCACCUGCCUGUUCGCUGGCUACGCUAGGACCUUCUCGCACCAGGGCGGGUUCUCGGCCUCGAACGAGGGGACGUGGUUCGCGACGGGUGACCUGGCGACCGUGAGCGACGGCGUGGUGUCCGUGGUGGACAGGGCCAAAGACAUGAUCAACCCCGGCGGGGAGAAUGUGUACGGCCCCGAAGUCGAGAGAGUGCUCGCGAUGCACCCGGACGUCUCAGAGGCGGCGGUUUUCGGCGUGCCCGCUCCCAUCGUCGGCGAGAUGGUCGUCGCCGCUGUCUGCCUCCGGGCGGCAGGGUCCGGCCGCGGCGCGUCGGAGGACGACCAGCGUCGCGUUCGACUGGAGCUGCUGGCACUCUGCCGCGACCGCCUGGCGGACUUCAAGAGCCCCACGGCCGUCUUCUUCGUCGAGCAGCUGCCGAAGACCGCGACCGGGAAGGUUCGCAAACGGGCGCUCCGAGGGGCGUCGGCGGUGUGCGUUGUCGGGCCCCAUACGUGGGAGGGCAUCGCGGCGCUCGAGGGCCUCGCCACUGUCCACGGACAGCUCUCGGUCGUACUCGUGUCGUCCGGCGCGGAAGUCGUCCCGGCGGUCGUUGCCGUGCUCGCGGACAUGCCACCUUUGGCGCCUGGCGUUCCCCUCGUCGUUGCGCCCGCUCAAGUCAGCGAGCCACCCGACGUCCGCGACGAGCGCGUGCUGCUGCGGGUCGCGGAGGUGACGCCGUCGCCGGAGUCGUUUGCGCCGAUCGGCACUGCGACGGGGGGGCAACAGCGUACCGCUCCCGGUGUUGCGGCAUCGGCGGAGCGCGCCGAGCAGCUCGUGGGCGCCGCCGUGAACACGUACAUACCAGGGCCGCUGGAUGGUUCGACGGGGCUUCUGGAGGCCGGCCUGUCGUCCGCCGCCGCAGUUGCAGUGGCUGGCGACUUGGAGCGUGACACGGGCCUCUCGCUGCCGCCGACCCUGCUCUUCGACCACCCCACGGUCGACGACCUCGUGACGUUCCUGGUCGAGGCCGCAGGCGAGACGCCGCCAGCGCACGUUGCGGCACCUGCGGACGGCAGGAUCCGCGAUGCCGUGUCUGCAGCUGUCUCCGACCUGAUCGGCGCGGCCGCUCCGCUGGGUGACGCGCCCCUGAUGGAGGCCGGGCUGAGCAGUAUGGGGGCCGUCGCGCUGGCUGGACGGCUGGAGCAAGUCGUCGGCGAAGCGCUGCCGCCAACGCUGGUGUUCGACUGUCCAACCAUCAACGCUAUCGUCGAGCACAUUCUCGAGAGUGCGCCCCAGAUCGUCGAGGCGACGCCGGCUGCACUUCCGAUGACGCAGGCUCGCGAGGCGCCCGCCAGGGUGCCCGUCGGCGUGGUUGCGUCUUGCUACAUGCUGCCGGGCGCGACUACCACUGCCGUUCGCGGAUGGGGAGGCAUCCCGGAGGACGCGAUCGCGCAUGUGCCUCUGAGCGACCGGUGGGAUGCCGACUGCACGUGGCCCGCCCCCCGCUUCGGCGGCUGGCUGCGGAACGCGUUGUGCUUCGACUCGGCAGCCUUCAACAUCAGCGACAGCGAGGCGCGGUUCAUGGACCCACAGCAGCGCCUGGUGCUCGAGGUCGCGUCAUCGACCCUCUUCGAGGCUACACGCCUGUGGCCGACCGACCGCGGCGCGGAAGGCGGGAGCGAGCGUGCCCUGCGUCGGGACGUUGGUGUAUGGGUUGGCAACAGUCAGCUGGACUACGCGGCGCUGGGCCGGGCCGCGGGUGCGUACAACGACACGCCGUACUUCGCUACGGGGGCGCAUCUGUCGGUGACGGCAGGUCGCGUCUCGUACAUCUGGGGCUGCGAGGGGCCGUCAAUGACCGUCGACACAGCAUGCUCCUCCUCUGGCGUGACGUCUGUGCUCGCGCUGGAGGCGAUUCGGGGUCGCCAGUGCGCUGCUGGUAUCUCCGGAGGGGUCAACCUGUGCCUCGUCCCGUCCUGGACGCUUGCCUGCACUCGGGCGGGGAUGCUCGCCGACGACGGUCGCUGCAAAACGCUGGACGCCACCGCGGACGGAUACGUGCGCAGCGAGUCCUCGGCGGCAGCGUACCUCGCGGCGCUGACGGCCGACAUCGACGUCAGCACAGUGGCGAUCGUGUUGGCCGGCGCGGCCGCGAACCAGGACGGCCGAUCAUCAUCUCUCACGGCGCCAAACGGGCCGUCGCAGCAGGCGGUCAUGCGCGCAGCGAUGGAGUCGGCGUCCGCGAGCCCCUCUGUCAUCAAAUUCGUGUCCAUGCACGGCACCGGCACGGCUCUGGGCGACCCGAUCGAAGUCGGAGCAGAGGUGUCCGUUCUGGCCAGCUCGGACGGUGACGCGGGGGGGGUCCUGGCGCUGGGGGCGAGCAAGGCGCUUCUCGGCCACGCGGAGCCGGCGGCCGGGGCGCUAGCCACGCUAGUCGCGGUCGCAGCGCUCGGAAGGGACGCAUUGCCGCCUCUGCCACACCUCAGAGAGCUCAACCCUCAUCUGACGCGCAUCGUCGGCGAGAGCUGGGGCGGGCCGAAACGAGCUGUGUCGCUACCGCGGCAGCAGGCCGUCUUGCUGUCGCAGACGGGCCAUUCGUGGGCGCUGACGAUGAACGAGGGCUUCAGUGGAACCAACGCAGCGCUGUGCUUCCAGCGCGUCUCGGCUGGCGGCGAAGCGAGCGCCGCUGGCGCGGACCCGAGCCACUGCGCGUGCGCGUUCGCCGGCACUCGUGCGUCCAUCUUCCCGGAGCUCUGCCCGCUCCUCUGGCGCGUGGGCCCACGUGCCCGCCCCGACACCAUCGGCACGGCGGUGUUCGAGGCCAUGCCGGACGACAACGCCGCGGUAGCCCUCCUCAGGGAUCACACUGUCCUUGGGCGACACGUUCUGCCGGGAAUGGCGUCGCUGGAGGCGGGCAUUUCCGCGAUGCAGGCGAUGGGAUGCCAAGGAGCAUUGCGGGAUCUCGUCCUGAUGCGCCCGAUUCUGAUCGGGGAUGAGGGCCGCGUCUUGCUCGAGCUCCACAUCGACCUGAUCGCCGGGGGCCUAGCCCUGCUCGAGCCAGGGACCAGCCAGCUGGUGCCGGAGCCGCGCGGGUCGCUGAGCAGCCUGGUGGCGCGGCCGGUGGAGGGCGGCGGGCGCGCGCUGCGGCGCGGCGAGGUGGAGGUGGAGGUGCGCGCGGUGGGCAUCAACUUCCGCGACGUGCUGAACGUGCUGGGGAUGUACCCGGGCGACCCGGGGCUGCCGGGGGCGGACAUGGCGGGCGUGGUGGUGGGGGUCGGGGAGGGGGUGCGGGCGGGCGUGGCGGCGGGGUCGCGGGUGGUGGGGCUGGCGGUGGGGUCGCUGGGGCCGCGGGUGCGGGUGGCGGGGGAGUGUGUGGCGGCGCUGGGGCCGAGCCUGACGUUUGCGGAGGGGGCGGCGUGUCCGACGGUGAUGAUGACGGUGGACAUGGCGGUGGGGCGGGGCGCGGGCGUGCGGCGCGGGGAGCGGGUGCUGGUGCACGCGGGGGCGGGGGGCGUGGGGCUGACGGCGGUGGCGGUGCUGGCGGCGAUGGGGGCGCGCGUGGCGUCGACGGCGGGGAGUGCGGGGAAGCGCGGGGUGGUGCGCGGGUGCGGGGCUGGGGCGGUGGCGGGGUCGCGGGACGUGGGGUACGCGGAGGCGGCGGUGGCGGCGCUGGGGGGUGUGGACGUGGUGGUGAACAGCCUGACGUCGGCGGGCUUUGUGGCGGGGAGCGUGGCGGCGCUGGCGGCGGGGGGGCGCGUGGUGGAGAUCGGGAAGCGCGAUGUGUGGAGCGCGGGGCGCGUGGCGCAGGAGCGGGCGGACGUGCGGUACGGGCUGGUGGCGGUGGACUUUUUGACGGGCGGGGUGCUGCGGGGGUGCGUGGAGCGGGUGUCGGGGUGGCUGGGGGCGGGGGCGGCGGUGCCGCUGCGGCAGGUGGGGCACGCGAUGGGGGCGGUGGCGGCGGCGCUGCGGCAGAUGUCGCAGGCGCGGCACGUGGGGAAGGUGGUGGUGGUGCGCUCUGUUCCCUACGACGCACGGCCGCUGGCGAUCACAGGCGGCUCCGGAGCCCUGGCCGGCGCCAUCACCGCGCGCUUCGCGACCAGCGCGCCGUCGAUCGUCCUGCUAUCGAGGGCGACGCUGGCUUCCAAGCCUGGUCUCGGUCGAUUGGGCGGGCUCUUCGCGGGGCAGCCCACGCCCAUGGUCGUGGCCUUCAGCUCCGUCGCAGCAAUCCUGGGCAACGCCGGGCAGGCCGGAUACGCCGCUGCCAACGCCGCGCUCGACGCAGGGGCGCUUGCGUCACGGCGGCGCGGCCUGCCGGCUGUCGCGGUCGAGUGGGGCGCCUGGAGCCUGGCAGGAAGCAUGGCAGACAGCGAGCAACUGCGUCGACUGCUUGAGCGGCGAGGUCAGGGCAUGCUGCGCCCGGAGACCGCCCUGGCGGCGCUUGAGGCCGUGUUUGACUCGUUGUCGGGGAGUCUGACGUCGCUUUUGGAGGGUUCCGUCUUCAUCGCGAACCCCUUCGACUUCCCGCGGUUCCUCCAAGCCGAGCAGCACCAGGCCGGGAUGUUCGUCGAGUUCGCUGCGGGCGAGGGCAUCGACAUUCCCGACAGAGAGGCCCCAAGGCAACGUCAGGCACCGCUUCGCUCGUCCCCGGAAGCGCGCGGGCUGGACAUGUCGGUCGAGACGAUCAGCAUGAAGCUGCGGGACAUCUUCUCGCGCGUCACGGGCGGCGACGUCGGCGAGGAUGAGCCGAUGAUGAGCGCCGGUCUUGAUUCUCUGUCUUCUGUCGAGUUUGCCGCUACUGUCGGGUCCGAGCUGGGCGUCAGUCUGUCUUCGACCGUCACCUUCGACUACCCGACCAUCUCGGCGCUCGCAUCGUUCAUCGGCGACGCGUUUGGCAGGACACCCCCACCUGCUGCGCCGCUGGUCACCAAGGCAGCCGGAGCGGUCAACGCGCUGUACAUCACCGCCAUGUCGGCCGACGUGCCCGGUCAGGAGUGCUCGAGCGCUCCAGCGAUUUGCACCAAGGACACCGUGGAGCCGCUCCAGUGCCUGCGGUGGGACCCUGACAACCUCGCCGUCUCUCUCCCGCUUCCUGCGGAUGGCGUUCGACGUCGCUUUGGCUCGUUCCUGAGCGGCUUGAUGGACGUCGAUCGCUCGAUUGUCGGACUGGGACGCGCGGAGGCUGCAGCGAUGGACCCGCAGCAUCGGCGGCUGCUGAUGCACGCAGCAGCGGUGCACAGUGGCCUCUGCGGGGAUCGCUACGCCGCCGUCCAUGUCGGUAUUUCCUGGAUGGAGUGGGGCGCUCUGGCUUCGAGGAUUCGUGAGCCAACGAGCCCGUACUCGUCGCAGGGGCACCUCACGUGCCUGGCAUCCGGGCGCAUCGCUUUCGUGCUGGGGCUGACGGGGGCGUGCGCGUCGGUCGACGCUGCCUGCGCGUCGUCCCUCGUCGCAGCGCGCGGAGCGCACCUGGAGGUUGCUUCGGGAUCUGCGAGCGCGGCGAUCAUCGGCGGGGCGUCGGCGAUGCUGUCGCCGGAGUCAACCAACAUGUUCGAAGUGUCCGGCAUGCUCAGCCCUGACGGCCGGUGCAAAGCGCUCGACCAGGAUGCGGACGGCUACGUGCGGGCGGAAGCGAUCUCCGUGAUCGCGGCCGCUGCGCCCACAAUCUGGACCGACCAGCAUCCCCAACCUCUGGCUCUCCUGCGAGGCUCGGCGGCGGCACAGGACGGCACCUCGUCGUCCCUGACUGCGCCGAACGGCCGCGCUCAGACGGAGCUGCUGUCGAAUGCCUUGACGCAGGGAGGUGUAGCGGCCGGCGAGGUCUCAGGCUGCCACCUGCAUGGGACCGGGACUUCGCUUGGCGACCCGAUCGAGAUGGGAGGCGUUGCGGGGGCGCUCCUUGCGGGGAGAGAGGCCGGGGACGGCCAGGGUCCGCUGGCGGUCGCGGCCACCAAGUCCUGGAUCGGGCAUGCGGAGGCGGCGAGCGGACAGGUGUCGUUGAUGCAGGCAUGCUGCGAUGCAGCAUCGCGUGGCCUGUCGCCCCUGCUGCACCUCCGGGUCGUCAACCAGUACGUCGCAGCUACGGUCGAGAACGCCAAGGCUGAUGCGGUCGUCGCGAUUUCUCGCACGCAUGGCCCGAAGCCGUCCCUGACGUCGACCAACAUCUGGGGCGUCUCGGCGUUCGGGUACCAAGGGUCGCUGGCGCACGUCCUUGUCGACAGCCCGGGCGACUCGGCGCCAGCUGUCGACCCGGCGUCUGUCCCCUGGCAGGAGGAGCGUGCUUCGAUGUUGCCCCCUCUCUCACCUCUGCUGUCUGGCCUGCACGUCACGGCCGGCACCGCGGUGUUCGACGUCUCGGUCGACAGCCGCACCUUCGCUGGGCUGAGGGAGCACCACGUCUUCGGUCGGACCGUGGUCCCAGGAGCAGCGUUUCUGCGCGCCGCGUCGGCAGCCGUAGCGAUGCUCAAGGCGUCAGAGAUCUCCGCUGGGCGUUUCGACUGCGUCGAGCUAUCGCACGUGGCGAUAGUCGCGCCGAUGUUCCUGUCGCACGCUGAGGCUCCGUAG